AUUUAUUUUGUUUAAAUUGUGUGAGUUUAAAAAUUAUUAUUUAUUUUAUUUAAAUUUUAUUUUUUGUGGCUUGCUUUUUGGCUUUUUUUUUCUGGUAAAAAGAGCGCGAAGUGACGAUAUUUGGGAGCUGUCGCCCCGCGCAUCAAGAGCCGAUGGCAGAAAGAAACGGUCAGCGUCCAUAUGAUUACGAGUUAGUGUCUCAGAACAUAAAUAAUAGCGAAAAUAUAAUAACUAGUGGUGGUGGUGGAAUUGAAAAUAGUUCAAAUACAAAUUUACAUCGGCAACAGAAUACUUCACAAACAUACGUUAUGGAAAGUGGGAGUAAAGCACGACAAUAUAUUGCAGCUGGUACAGGUAAUUUGAUUGCCUUUAGUGCUGGCUGUGUUUUAACAUGGACAUCACCUUGUCUACCAAAAUUAUACGAUAAUUGGGAAACGGACAGUCCUUUAGAUCGACAAAUUACACUAACAGAAAAAUCAUGGAUAUCAUCUUUAUUAGCAUUAGCUGCUGCGUUUGGUCCAAUUAUUGCUGGAUAUUUAGCUGAUCGUAUUGGACGAAAAAUUGUAUUAUUGGGUGCAGCUAUACCAUUUAUUGUUGGCUGGGUUUUAAUGGCAACUACAACGACAGUUGCACAAAUUUUAAUUGCACGAUUUCUUUGGGGUUUAUCCGUUGGUGCAGUGUUUACAGUUUUACCCAUGUACAUUGGUGAAAUUGCAGAUGACGAUGUUCGUGGAGCAUUAGGAUCAUUUAUGCAAUUGUUCAUCACGUUUGGAAUUUUAUGGGCGUAUGCUGUUGGUGCAUAUACUUCCUUUAAAGUAUUCUCCUAUUUAUCGGUUGCAAUUCCAAUCGCUUUUUGUGUAUUCUUUUUCUUUAUGCCUGAAUCACCGUAUUAUCUAUUAGGCAAAGAUAAACGCAACGAGGCUACCGAAGCAUUAAUGUUUUUACGAAGUAAAUCAAAUGAUGGAGUUCAAAAAGAACUUGAACAAAUGAAAUGUAAUGUAGAUGAGACGAAAAAACAAUCUGGAACAAUUAAAGAUUUAUUUGCCACGGCUAGCUCUAAAAAAGCUUUGAUUUUAUCAUGUGGAUUAGUUGGUUUCCAACAAUUUUCUGGUAUAAACGCUGUGUUAUUCUUCUGUGGAACCAUUUUUAAGGAAUCUGGAAGUACAGUUGAUCCUGAUAUUAAUGCCAUUAUUAUUGGAUGCGUACAAAUCGGUUCAAGUGCAGUUACACCAUUGGUUGUAGACCGGUUAGGACGUAGAAUGUUGUUGUUAAUAUCUGGUGUGGGUAUGGCAGUUGGCUUAUUCUUGUUGGGUGGAUGCUUUAAUGCAAAAGAUCGUUGGGAUGUGGAAUUGACUGGAUUUUUAGCACAAUUGCCUGUGAUUUCUUUAGUUUUGUAUAUGAUCGUAUAUUGUAUUGGUUUCGGUCCUCUACCAUGGGCAGUGAUGGGUGAAUUAUUCAGCGCAAAUAUUAAGAGUUUAGCAUCAACAGCUACAGCAUCAUUUUGUUGGAUACUUGGUUUCUUUAUUACACAAUAUUUCGAACAAAUUAGUACCGCAUUGGGUAGCGAUACAUCAUUUUGGUUCUUUGCGGCAUGUUGUGUUCUAGCAACAGCAUUUGUCUUUAUAUUAUUACCAGAAACUAAAGGUAAAUCACUGGAAGAAAUCCAAGAAAUAUUAGGAGGAAACGCUAAAAAAUAAAGCAAAGAAUAAACCACUUGUGAUGUUACUUAUUAUUUACAAAAAAAAUUAUUUUAAUGGGUUAUGUUCAUUAGGACGAUAAUUAGCUCCUAAUAUGCUCAGUAUUCUUUGAAAUAUUUUCAAAAUAGCAACUUGCUUGACUGAUAUAAUGAUAAUUGGCAAUAAAUUUAAAUGUGUGAUAAUUUUAUUAUCUAAAUAGUUGCAGAUUUUUGUCAGACAUUAAAUUGUUCCUUACAAAUCAUUCCAAUAAGGGCAUGUUCGCGAAACGGAUAAUUAGAUUACAGUAUUCAUCAAAUAAUUUUAAUUUGUUCAUCAAUUUUCCGCUGUCAUCUAUGGGAUAACCAUAAAACUUAUUGAUACACUUGUAUCAGAAUGUAGCUAACGUCAAGAAUCGUUUACAUUGAUAAUUAAAUUUAAUUAAAAACGUGAGCCAUGCCCUUCGGAUAUUUUUCAUAUUAUUUAACCAAACUAAAUUAAUACGUAUAGUUUUUAAAGGAAACGACAAUUUUUAAUUAAAAAUUAAUAUUAAUAAUACCUAACUAGUCGGA